GUUUCUUGUGACCAGGCCAAUGGGCCAGCUUUUUAAUUUCAUUAACGGUGUGUCAUAAGAUACGCCACCCGCCAUUGGCUCCUCAAUCCAUACAGCUCUUUCCCCCUCUACACACUACAGAUUUGCUCUUAGGGACUCCCUUGUCCUGUGGGAAUAUCAAUUCAAAGGGAUCUCAUUGAACGGUGCAAUUGUCCCCAGUGGAUUUCUAAGCAGAAGGAGUUUGUGGAGCCAAGUCGGUCUGCUUCAUCUUGAAGUCUCUCCAAGGAAAUGGCUGCCUUUGUGAACCUUAAUUUCUUUUUGCUGGUGCUGUUCCUGGCUAUAGCUGCUGCUGUCUGUGAGUAUGGGGCAAUAUCCCUCAUCCCUUAAUUUGUAGAGGGGUAACUAUCAGUAUCCCUUAUCCCUUGACCUUAAAAAAAAAUCAAUCCCCUUUCCUCAAAGGAACUUGGAGUGGCACACACAAUUUUUAAGCAGAGGCUGGUAGGGGGUUAGACUGAGGACCCUUAGGGGUAGCUUCCCACUUGACAAUUCUAUGAUUCUGCCAUUCCUAUUUUAUCCCCACAAUGUGAGGUAAGUGAGGCUGAGGUGGUAAGUGGCCCAGGUCACCCGGUGAGCUUCACCGCUGUCUAGAUGCAAAGACUGUAUUGCUUUGAAAUAUUUUAACUGCAAGAAGGGUCAUUUAGUCCAACCCCCUGCAAUGCAGGAAUGCGUAGACAGAGUUUGUCCCAAAGUUUGUCAUUGGCUCCCAGUACGAUUCUGAGCACAAUUCAAAGUGUUGGUGCUGACCUUUAAAGCCCUAAACGGCCUGGGUCCAGUAUUCCUGAAGGAGCUUCUCUACCCCCAUCGCCCAGCCUGGACAUUGAGGUCCAGCUCCAAGGGCCUUCUGGCGGUUCCCUCCCUGUAAGAAGGGAGGUUGCAGGGAACCAGGCAGAGGGUCUUCUCGGUAGUGGCACCUGCCCUGUGGAACGCCUUCCCAGCUGAUGUCAAGGCAAUAAACAACUAUUUUAAAUUUAAAAGACAACUGAAGGCAGCCCUGUUUAGGGAUGUUUUUAAUGUCUGACGCUGUAUUGUUUUUAAUAUUCAGUCUGGAGCCGCCCAGAGUGCCUGGGGAAACCCAGCCAGAUGGGCGGGGUAUAAAUAACAAAUUAUUAUAUUAUUAUAUGUGUACAGUGGUACCUCGGGUUACAUACGCUUCAGGUUACAGACUCUGCUAACCCAGAAAUAGUGCUUCAGGUUAAGAACUUUGCUUCAAGAUGAGAACAGAAAUCAGGCUUCGGCGGUGCGGCGGCAGCAGGAGGCCCCAUUAGCUAAAGUGGUGCUUCAGGUUAAGAACAAUUUCAGGUUAAGAACGGACCUCCGGAACGAAUUAAGUACUUAACCCGAGGUACCACUGUAGAGUGUAAUGUGUGUGAAGAAGUCUGCCGAGUCCAGCCAGUGGUCCACGCAUCCCAGUAUUGUCUGCAAUGACUUGCAGUUUCUCCCUUCCCUGCUUGAAGAUGGCGGGCAUUCUGAACACAGUUCGGAACCUUCUGCACACAGAUGCUCUGCUGCUGAGCCACAGCCCUUGCCCAACACCUGUGCAUUAUGCUUCCCCAAAGGGAGAAGAUAUCAAGGGAAGAAUGAAAUUCCCUGUUGCUUGCAGCAGACAAAAACCAUGCCACAAUGAUUUAGCCCCGAAAAAAAUCUCCCUCUCUGGGCGUACUGCAACAGAACCUAUCUUUUAAGAGGGCAUUUAUGUGCUUGGUUUUUCCUUUCUGCUGUUGCCGUUCACAGGUCUGGAUGUUCGCACUGGAGAAUGGGGUUGCGGAAACUUCCGAGGCUACUGCCGCAAGGACUGUUUCCCCCAGGAAAAAUCUCUGGGGCCCGAAGACUGUGCUGAAGGCUUGGUGUAAGUCUCCUUUCUAUGCCCCCUUCCCUGUUUUGAUCUUUGUGUUGUUGAGAUGAUAAAUAAUUCUCAGAGCGCAACAGCCUGGUGGGAAAUAAGGGAAACCAAACUUAAAUGGCAGUGAGAGAUUUUACUUUAUUGGGCUCCAUGAUCACUGCAGAUGGUGACAGCAGUCACAAAAUUAAAAUAUGCCUGCUUCUUGGGAGAAAAGCGAUGACAAACCUAGACAGCAUCUUAAAAAGCAGAGACAUCACCUUGCCAACAAAGGUCCGUAUAGUUAAAGCUAUGGUUUUCCCAGUAGUGAUGUAUGGAAGUGAAAGCUGGACCAUAAAGAAGGCUGAUCGCCGAAGAAUUGAUGCUUUUGAAUUAUGGUGCUGGAGGAGACUCUUGAGAGUCCCAUGGACUGUAAGAAGAUCAAACCUCUCCAUUCUGAAGGAAAUCAGCCCUGAGUGCUCACUGGAAGGACAGAUCCUGAAGCUGAGGCUCCAAUACUUUGGCCACCUCAUGAGAAGAGAAGACUCCCUGGAAAAGACCCUGAUGUUGGGAAAGAUGGAGGGCACAAGGAGAAGGGGACGGCAGGGGACGAGAUGGUGGGACAGUGUUCUCGAAGCUACCAGCAUGAGUUUCACCAAACUGUGGGAGGCAGUGGAAGACAGGAGUGCCUGGCGUGCUCUGGUCCAUGGGGUCACGAAGAGUCGGACACGACUAAACAACAACAAAACUUAAAUGGAAACUAGGCAACAGAACCAAACUUCUGUAACGUGAUGGCUGAAAUGUUCUUUAUUUGUUACUAUUUAUUUCUUGCGUUUAUAGCCCAACUUUUCUCUAAGGAUCUCAAGGUGGUGUACGUAAUUCUCCCCCACCCUCUUUUAAUUCCCACAACAACCCUGAGAGGUAGGUUAGGCUGAGAGUGAGUGACUGGCUCCAAGGGGAGCCCCACAACUGUGUGAAGAUUUGAGCCCUGGUCUCCCAGGUCCAGGAUUCUCAGCGCUACACGACACUGGCUUUUGGUAGCGUGUGCAAGUGUCCCACUUGGAGUGCAGUCCUCUUGUUGCCUGAUGCAAGCCCAGUUUAAAAAGAGAAAAAGAGCUACAUGCCUGAAAGAACUAUCUCAUGACACACUGAAAACCAAUUUUCAGUUUCUGCCAACAUCCAGAAAUCUACAGAAUUGGGUAGAACUUCUUAAAUUGCAUGUGACUUGGUGGUAACGGAAAUCUAAAAUUCUGUGAACCACCCUGAGACCUCCGAGUAUAGGAUGGUAUAUAAAUUCAAUACAUAAAUAAAAUAAAAAUAGUAGUUGCCAAUCAAUAGUUUGCAAGUGACCAGGGCCGUCUUCCCCAGUAUGGUGCAAUGCAUCAUAUGCAGUUUAAAUCCUAGCAAUUAUUUCUAAAUUUGCAUCUAUCUAUCUAAGAAUUAGCACGUGCAGAAUGUAUGCAAAUCUGUAAAUCUUUUGUCCUUUUUGGCAAACGCACAGGUGAUCACCCUAAACUCCUGCGAUGUCUCAAUGUGGUUUUUUAAAAAAAAUUAAUGCACUACUAGAGGACCAUCUUUUGUCACUACUAGCUGUGCGCACACACCAUCCCUUUAAAGCACAUUCUUUCCCUCAAAGAAUUCUGGGCACUGCAGUUUGUUCAGGGUUGAUGGGAACUGUAACUCUGUAAGCGCUAAACUACGGUGCCCAGAAUUCUUUGAGGGAAAGAAUGUCAUUUGAUUGAGUUUUAAAGGCAUAGUGCAUACACAGUAUUGUGUAUUGUGUUUUUAAUAUUCAGUUGGGAGCCGCCCAGAGUGGCUGGGGAAACCCAGCCAGAUGGGCGGGGUAUAAAAAAUAAAUUAUUAUUGAAUUAUUAUUAGUCAUGAUGACUAUAUAUGGUAUGUAUAUCUUGGACACUGAAGUUCAGGUUUGCUAAUAAUUUGGUGUACUAGCAUUGCUUUCUCUUAACCAUUUAUUCUUUCUGUUUACAGCUGCUGCAUAUCAGGCAUGUUGGGAUAGCAAUUUGGAUUAAUAACCGAGUGACUGGGCUGUGAAGAGAAUGUCUUGAGGAUGCUUGCAGGAGGGCAGGCAACAAAGAGAACAAAACGACAGCCCCUUUAUUGCAGCAAACAGCUUGCAAACAAUAAAAUUAUUUCUCCUCGGCUUUUGCUCUGACUUAUGAUGAAUCGUUUCUUUAUCAUUAGUUAUGGCAGCUUCGCUAUCCAGACCUAGGAGCGGGCAGGAAAAGACAAGAUGGUUGGGGGGGGGUCCCUUCUGCCGCCCUUCUGAGCUCAGGGCACCUACGGGUGCCUCCAGAUUAUCAGUGUUUCGCAGGACAGACUCGGGUGCAUGGCGGCACUCUAGAUUUGCACAUUUAAAGUGGAUUAAAGCACUCUAGCACAACAAAUAAACUUUUUUUUAAGGUGCCUUUUUUUUUUUUGCUGUCUGGAAAGUAGCAGGGAAGCGCACUGAAAAGUAUGGGUCGAACGAAAGAUUAACAGGAAGAUGUGCAAACACUCCCACAGAGAAAUCAGAAUGGAUGACUGCUCCGCCCAGCACACUGGGCCGUUUUCUGAACCUUUUCCAAUCGUACAUCCUUUAAAAAAUAAAUAAAUAAAAUUAUGCAUUUUCCAUAGUUCGACACAUCCACUUUAUAAUCAUUUGUCCUACAUUCUUUUACUUCCCCACACAUCCCUCCGUGGGUUCAUAUUUAAUCCUCAUUGAGCUGCAGUUCCUUAAUUACUGCCCCUUUUCUGGUUGUUUUUGACUGCUGCUCAUAUAUCUUGUCCUACUUGGGAAUUUAUCUGGCUACUAUAAUUAUUUAAGUAUUCUCCAUUUUAUUCCCACUCCUCAGACUCAUCCUGAUUUCUUAUAUUUACAGUCAACAUUGCUAGCUCCGCAUAUUCUAUUCACUUAUUCUGCCAAUCUCCUUUUGUCCUUCCACCUUUGUGUAUAGAUUAUUCUGGCCGCUGCCGUUACACGUCCUUUUUUAUUUAUACCCCCCCCCCCUCCCCAGCCAAGACCGGGCUCAGGGUGGCUAACAACCAAUAAUAAAAACAAGUUGAUUAAAAUACAACUUAAAAAACAAGAUUAAAAUACAGCAUUCAAACAUUAAGAUGCAGCCUCUUCAGAGGAGGAGAAAGAAAAAAGAAAGAGGGGGAGGGAAUCAAAUUGAUUCUAAGCCAAAGGCCAGGCGGAACAAUACAUAAAUAAAAAAAAUGUCCAGUAGCACCUUAGAGACCAACUAAGUUUGUUCUUGGUAUGAGUUUUCGUGUGCAUGCACUUCUUCUGAAGGUGCUACUGGAAUUAUUAUUAUUAUUAUUAUUAUUAUUAUUAUUAAAUAUAUAUAUGAGUACCAAGGUGUUUGACAACCAAGGUACG